AUGGUGCGCGCUGAAGAAGAACACGAAACCAUGCGCCCUUGUGGGUGUCACACUGGACGGCCGUGUACGUGUGAAAUGGGCAAGAAGGCUGUACUUUCUGAAACAUUUUCUUGCGGCUUGUGUGUUAACUGCCGACUCAAUACUCGCGAAAAGACUCGGGCCAGCAAGAGAUCGUUAGAACCACGAAGGUGUCUAAAGAGCGCAGAAUACUUCGCGGACUUGGACUUUGACCGGGUGGUUUUACGUGACGACUGCGUAUUUCGAAUGCGUAAACCGGACUGGAAUCUGGCUGAGAAGACGCCAUUGUACAACCAGCUUCAUCAAAUGAGACUCGCUAUGGUCGAAACUCGAGCAAUCUCACUAGCCACAAUCGAUGGUCAAAAGAGGUUGCGAAUUAAGAUAGCGAACGACUUGCGAAAGGCCGAGGAUGCUAUCAAGAAAUUGGAGCCGGGGAAAAAGAUGACCAAGAAGCGGUCUUGCGUGGACUCGGAUGCUUUCGAUUCAUAUUCCACACAGUUAAUUGCCGCAGAAACGCUUCUCCCGGAUUUACAAAUGCGUCUUGAGAAGGCCAACGCAAUAAUCUCUUUAGAACAACAGAAUAUCAAGAUUAUCCGCGUGUACGUUCGGGACUUUGCUGUGAGGAAACUGCAGUCAUCUAUAAGAGCGUAUCUCCGCUUCCAUCGAUGGAGAGAUGUAUUGAAAACAUUCCAUGAAGACGUUCACUUGUCUGCAGCGCUGGAGAUUCAAGCGACCUGGCGAAUGUAUACUGCCAAGAAAUUAAUAUGCUUGCUAACAUCACGUCGCCAAGAGAACGCUAGUGCUAUCCUCAUUCAGCGUGUGUACCGUGGCCUUCGCGAUCGGAUGUCGUUGAAGCGUAUUAAAAUACGAAGAUCUCUAACAGACCGUGUUGGGGCGCUGGUCGACAAAUUCAUUGUAUCAGGAGAUUUCUGGGGCUUUAUCCUCGAGAUCGAUGCUGACUAUCGACGCUUUAUGCACAAAAUCGCGGAAGAGGAAGAAGAUGCGGCAACCUUCUUGUCAAACGUAAUUCGUCAGCGUAAGCAUGAUGAGGACCAAAUGAUGCAGGACUGGUUCACUGCCUCAGCGUUGCAAAAUCCUCUCGUCAGUGGCAUCGACCAAGUCAAAAAGACUUACACACAUGAGGAAGGCAUUUCAAGUGGAAGCUCUGUUUCCCAAGCCAUGCUGCAAUCACCUCUGGUUGAGGACCUCAUGGCUCUAAGUCCGAACAAGAAGAAGGACGACAUUUUUCCUCCGGAUUUUCCUCCAAAGAUAAUUCGACAAGCGAUGGCCAAGGGAUUCGCGGUGAGCGAAGUUAUUGCUGUCAUACGAGGGCUACAAGCGCAACGAAAAGAUAUUGAAGACGGAAACUUGGUCGUGGCAACACUUCAGGAGCGCUCACCAUUAAUGACGAAUCCUUGGACAUCUGAAAGAGUUCUACGUGCAUCACGAAGCUCAGAAAAGCCACGUGUUCAUCCGAUUCCCGUCACUAAGCCCAUUUGUAAACAUCUGAAGAAAGUGGUAGGUAAACGACAGGCGAACUUAUUUAUCUCCGCGAAUCUAUUGGAAAGUAUUCCAGGCGGAAUGAAUGCACCGGUUGCAAGGUUGCUGCUAGUAGCUGGACUGCGUUGCUACGAUCCAGGUAAUCGGGGUGAAAAAGGAGGAUUUAAACUGUGUGGUGGUGGCAAUUCGGAGUUGUUUCAGUCGUAUUUAAACACUGAAUCUCCAUUAGUAAAGAUAAGGACAGAGCAACAAACUAUGGAAGCUGUGAAGCCAUUUCUCAACAUCCUGCUCGAGAAUCGAUGCUACACUGCGUACGAUAUUCUGUACAACGUGCGAGGUGUUGGCGAGUUAAUAUCCUGGAAUAUCCCACGUCCUCUCGCGAAAAGCAUCUACUGUGUUAUCCAAGCGAUCCAAGCGCAGAGCAGUCAUGUUAGCAGACGCAAUAUCGUACGAGAAGUUCGUGUCAGUGCUGACUUUGAGCGCUUUCUCAAAACUGGGGGACGUAAGCGAGAAGAAUUGCCUUCUCUUGACCCGAAAACAGCUAAAAAGGACUUGAAAUCGCCUGAAAAAACCGAUCAAAACGCUGAAGCAGAGGCAAGCAGCGCGUUGAUGCAAGUGCAAUCCAGACUUGAGUCAGACGUACUCGGGCUUCCCCUUCAGAAUAUCUCAAUAUCUGCUUGCGAGUUACUGUUCAAAGCUGCAUUCUUGACAGACACUGAAGAUCCGGCCACAACAAGCACAUAUCACAAUUUCUUGCAUUUACUCCUAGAAUUUCAAGUUUCUGGAGACACUGAGGCCAUGCGGCAAUUUAUCGCAGCUCGAGUUGUACGUGCCAAAGCCAUUGCUGAUGACCACACGUCCAUUUUCCAGCUGUUUGGUGUAGCAACUGCCAGCGACUUAGUGACAAACGAUUUGCUUCAAGUGCUGCCCGAAAACUUCACUGCAACUUGA